AUAUUUAAAGAUGGCGCCAACUAAUUCAACGUUGAACCAAUUGAACUAUGUUCAGAUUGUUCAGAUCAGAUGAAAUGCAGAUGAAUUUUAUGAGUGUUCACUGCAAUUGCUUUGUGUUUACAUACUUAAAAAAAUUUCUUAAAAAUUAUUUACAUUAUUUUUGGAGAAAAACAUUAAAAAAGAAGUAAAACUUGUCUAUGGGUCACCCACCUGAAAGUGCUUUAUAGAACUUUCCUCGUUUUAUAAUAAAAUAAUAGCCUAUUAGAAUAAUGGUAAAAUAUUUCGAAAAUAAUAUUAUUUUUCAAUUCAAUUGGAAUCAAGUGGUUCAAGGAUUCUGGAAAAGAUAUCCAAAUCCAAAUAGUAAGCAUGUUCUAUCAGAAGACACAGUGUUCAGAGAAGUAAAGGAUGGUAAAUUAUACUCGAAACGACUUUUAACGAAGACAAACAGAUUACCAAAAUGGGGAGAAAGAUUCAUGAGCAAAAAUGUUGUUAAAAUCGUGGAAGAAAGUAUUGUUGAUCUAAAUUCAAAAACAUUAACAACCUACACAAGAAAUUUAGGAUUUACAAAAGUAAUGAGUGUAGUUGAAAAGGUUGUGUACAGAGUAUCAGAAGACAACCCUGAUUGGACAGUGGCGCAGAGAUCAGCUUGGAUAGAUAGUCAAGUUUUUGGAUUCAGUAGAGCGAUUCAAGCUUUUGGACUCGAUAGGUUUAAGAAAAAUUGUGUUAAAAUGUCCAGUGGAUUCAAUUAUGUUCUAGAACACAUGUUUCCUUAUACUGCUCACUGCAUGAAACCAACUCUUGCCCACAUGAAUUUUGCUGAUAGGAUUGAGCAACCAGUUAUUUCAAAGGUAACUCACGCCGCGGAAGAUUUACAGAACACUCUGCAUGAUAAAGCCGAGAAAAUGAAAGGUGCAGCCAAAAAAGCAACCAACUUAGCGAAACAGAAAUCGAGUCAAUUUUAUCAGUCAUAAAUAUUUGUAUAAUCAUAUUUUCAAAUGACUGUAGCAAAAGCAAGAAAGUACGAAUUAUUAGCAACAAAUAUUUAAA